CCGAGGGGCGGUGGCCGCGCAGGCUCGGCCUGACGGACACACGGACAGACCGGGCACGGAGGGAAGGGCGCGCGGUCAGGCCAUGCCCGGGGAAGCUGCCCGCGCCGAGUUGCUGCUGCCGGAGGCGGGCGGGCCCGGGCCCCGCACAGAGUCAUCCUGUGAUGUGGCCUCGGCCUCCACCCCUAGAGGGGACCGGCUGGAGCACUGUGCCCUGAGCCCGGGUCCUGGCGGCCUGGCCCUCGAGUUCCUACCCAGCAAGCCAGGUGCCCGGCCCCCGCCGGAGGGAGCCAGCUGGGAUGCGGGGCCGCGCGGCACCCCCUCGGCCUGGGCGGUCCCCGCAGAAGGCAGCCCCAGCCCUGGGCCACCCGAAGCCCGGCCUGCCGGGGGUCCCCCUCCAGCCACCCUGGAGCCCCGGAUCGUGAUGGGCGAGGAGACCCGCCGGGUGCCCCCGCCACCCAGGGCAGCCCUGCCAGAGCUCAGGGACCGGGAAGGUGGGCAUCCCAGCCUGAACCCACCCUCCGAGUUGUGUUCUCAGGGUGACCCUCCUGUGCCUUGCCCUGCCCCAGACCCCGACUCCUACUUCACGCCUCCCUCCACCCCCACCGAGACCACCUGUGCCCUGCUCCUCGGCGCGGGGCCCCGCAGGGACGCCCGGGACACCCAGGCUGAGCUGGGGGACUCGCCGCCAGCCUCGCCCUCGGGCUCUUACAUCACAGCGGACGGCGACAGCUGGGCCUCGUCCCCGUCCUGUUCCCUGAGCCUGCUGGUCCCGGCCGAAGGGCUGGACGUCCCCUCAGGCUGGGGCUUCUCCCCGCCGGGGUCUGUGGCGGACGAGCAGGAGCCGUCCCCUGCCGGGCCCCCAGGGCCCCCAUCCCCGGAGUCCAGCAUCUCGGCAGACAGCAGCUCUUCCUGGGGCCAGGAUGGCCACUUCUUCGAGCUGGACUUCCUGGCCAACGACCCAAUGAUCCCCGCCUCCCUCCUGCCUUUCCGGGGCAGCCUCCUCUUCCAGGUGGAGGCUGUGGAGGUGACGCCGAGGGCCCCUGAGGAGGAGGAAGAGGAGGAGGAAGAGGAGGAGGAAGAGGAGGAGGACGGCCGGGACUCUGCAGGGGACCCAGCCGGGGAGGGCGAGGACGACAGCACGUUCGCCUCCUCCCUGCAGUCACUGUCCGACCUCUCCAUCACCGAGGGCAUGGACGAGGCCUUCGCCUUCCGGGACGACACCUCAGCGGCCUCGUCUGACCCCGACUCUGCCUCCUACGCGGGGGCAGACGACGAGAGGCUGUACAGCGGGGAGCCCCAUGCGCAGCCCACCGCCCUGCUCCAGGAUGGCCCUGGGGGGCCGCCCGCUCCUGGGAUCUCUGAGGGAGAGGCCGGCCGGGCCAUGGAGGGCCACGAACCGGGUGCCCAGGAGACAGGGGCGGUCCCUGCUCCUGCCCUGCAGGAAGCCCCAGGCCGCCCCUGGGUGACCUUGCAGGCCUGGGGGGAGGAGGCGGGCUCCGUCCUGGGCCCAGCGCCUGUUGCCACAGACACACUUCAGCCCCUGCAGUUGGAGGACGGCGCUGCCGUAGGCCUGGCCCCUUGCACUGCCCUGGAAGAGGGGGACCUCACACCAAGCCCAGACUCUCCGCAGACCCUGAAGCAAGAAGCAGGCCAGGACCCUGACUCUGUGGCCCCAGCCCGGCCCCCACAGGACACAGGCUUCCCCUUGGGCCGGGGGCCUGCCGCUGCGGCCAGGCUUCAGAAGCUGCACGUACACACCCCAAGGAUCAAGCCUGUGGUCACCGCAGCCCAGCAGGAAGGACAAACAACCUUGGAACCGAGGCCGGCACCUGAGGAGAGGGACACAAGACACGCUGGAGACCCGGAGCCUUCGGCCUGGAACCAAGCCCAGCUGGAAGGCGUGGAGCCAGCUGCAGACACUGGUACACUCUGGGCCUCAAGGGGAACUGCAGGCACCCCCAAGUCUGCCACGGAGGCUACACAACCCCCACAGCCUGCCACGAAGACCCCAGAAUGCCCCAAGGUUGCCACGGAAGCCCUGGAGCACCCCAAGACUACCACAGAGGCCCCAGAACACCCUGAGCCUGUCCGAGAGGCCCCAGAACACCCUGAGCCUGUCACUGAGACCCCGGGACACCCUGAGUCUGUCCCAGAGGCCCCAGAACACCCUGAGCCUGCCAUGGAGACCCCAGAACAUCCUGGGCUUGCCACAGAAGCCCCAGAACAUCCUGGGUUUGUCAUGGAGACCCCAGAACACCCUGAGUCUGUCACUGAGACCUCAGAACACCCUGAGUCUGUCACAGAGGCCCCAGGACACUCUGAGCCUGCCACAGAGGCCCCAGAACAUCCUGGGUCUGCCACGGAGACCUCAGAACACCCUGAGUCUGUUACUGAGACCCCAGAACACCCUGAGCCUGCCACAGAGACCCCAGAACAGCCUGGUUCUGUCACGGAGAUCCCAGAACACCCUGAGGCUGUCACAGAGGCCCCAGAACAGCCUGAGCCUGCCACAGAGGCCCCGGAACAUCCUGGGUCUGCCAUGGAGACCCCAGAACACCCUGAGUCUGUCACUGAGACCCCAGAACACCCUGAGCCUGUCACAGAGGCCCCAGAACACCCUGAGCCUGUCCCAGAGGCCCCAGAACAUCCUGGAUCUGCCAUGGAGACCCCAGAACACCCUGAGUCUGUCACUGAGACCCCAGGACACCCUGAGUCUGUCCCAGAGGCCCCAGAACACCCUGAGCCUACCAUGGAGACCCCAGAACAUCCUGGGCCUGCCAAAGAGUCCCCAGAACAUCCUGGGCCUGCCACAGAAGCCCCAGAACAUCCUGGGUCUGUCACGGAGACCCCAGGACACCCUGAGUCUGUCACAGAGGCCCCAGAACAUCCUGGGCCUGUCACUGAGACCCCAGGACACCCUGAGUCUGUCACAGAGGCUCCGGGACAUCCUGGGCCCAUCACCGAGACCCCAGAACACUCUGAGCCUGUCACAGAGGCUCUGGAACAUUCUGAGCCUGUCAUAGAGGCCCCAGAACGCUCUGAGCUUGCCACAGAAGCCCCAGAACACUCUGAGCCUGUCACAGAGGCUCCAGAACACCCUGAGCCUGUCACAGAGGCCCCAGAACAUGCUGGGCCUGUCACCGAGAGCCCAGACCACUCUGAGCCUGUCACAGAUCCCCUGGAACAUUCUGAGCCUGUCACAGAGAUCCUGGAACACCCUGGGCCUGCCAUGGAGGCCCCAGAAUACCCUGAGGCUGUCACAGAGGCCCUGGAACAUCCUGGGCCUGUCAGCAAGACCCCAGAACACUCUGAGCCUGUCACCGAGGCCCUGGAACAUUCUGAGCCUGCCACAGAGGCUCUAGAACUUCCUGAACCUGCUAUGGAGGCCCUGGAACACCCCAAGACUACCACAGAGGCCCCAGAACACCCUGAGUCCAUCCCAGAGACCCCGGAACAUCCUGGGCCUGCCACAGAGGCCCUAGAACAUUCUGAGCCUGCCACGGAGACCACAGAAUGCCCUGAGGCUGCAACUGAGACCCAGGAACAGUCUGAGCGUGCCACGGAGGCCCCGGAACACCCAGAGCCUGCCACGGAGGCCCCGGAACACCCAGAGCCUGCCACGGAGGCCCCAGAACACCCAGAGCCUGCCAGGGAGGCCCCAGAACACCCAGAGCCUGCCAGGGAGGCCCCAGAACACUCAGAGCCUGCUAUGGAGGCUCUGGAGCACCCCAAGACUACCACAGAGGCCCCAGAACACCCUGAGUCCAUCCCAGAGACCCCGGACCAUCCUGGGCCUGCCACGGAGGCCCCAGAAUACCCAGAGCCUACCACAGAGGCCCUGGAACAUUCUGAGCCUACCACAGAGACCACAGAAUGCCCUGAGGCUGCAACUGAGACCCGGGAACAGCCUGAGCUUGCCACGGAGGCCCCGGAACAGCCUGAGUCUGGCACGGAGGCCCCAGAACAGCCUGAGCCUGGCAUGGAGGCCCUGGAACAGCCUGAGCCUGCCACGGAGGCCCCGGAACACACUGAGCCUGACACAGAGGCCCCGAAACACCCUGAGCCUACCAAGGAGGCCCCGAAACACCCAGAGCCUGCCACGGAGGCAUCGGAACACCCCGAGCCUGCCAAGGAGGCCCCGAAACACCCAGAGCCUGCUACGGAAGCCCCGGAACACCCUGAGCCUGCCACGGAGGCCCCGGAACACACUGAGCCUGCCAAGGAGGCCCCGGAACACCCAGAGCCUGUCACAGAGGCCCCGGAACACCCUGAGCCUGACACAGAGGCCCCAGAACACCCUGAGCCUGCCAAGGAGGCCCCGAAACACCCAGAGCCUGCCACGGAGGCAUCGGAACACCCUGAGCCUGCCAAGGAGGCCCCGAAACACCCAGAGCCUGCUACGGAGGCCCCGGAACACCCUGAGCCUGCCACGGAGGCCCCGGAACACCCUGAGCCUGCCAAGGAGGCCCCGGAACACCCAGAGCCUGUCACGGAGGCCCCGGAACACACUGAGCCUGCCACGGAGGCCCCGGAACACCCUGAGCCUGCCAAGGAGGCCCCGGAACACCCAGAGCCUGCCAUGGAGGCCCUGGAACAUGCUGAGCCUGCCACAGAGGCCCUAGAACACCCUGAGCCUGCCAAGGAGGCCCCGGAACACCCAGAGCCUGCCACGGAGGCCCCGGAACACCCUGAGCCUGCCACGGAGGCCCCGGAACACGCUGAGCCUGCCACGGAGGCCCUAGAACACCCUGAGCCUGCCAAGGAGGCCCCGGAACACCCAGAGCCUGCCACGGAGGCCCCGGAACACCCUGAGCCUGCCACGGAGGCCCCGGAACACGCUGAGCCUGCCACGGAGGCCCCGGAACACCCUGAGCCUGCCAAGGAGGCCCCGGAACACACUGAGCCUGCCACGGAGGCCCCGGAACACACUGAGCCUGCCACGGAGGCCCUGGAACACCCUGAGCCUGCCACGGAGGCCCCGGAACACCAAGAGCCUGCCACGGAGGCCCCGGAACACCCUGAGCCUGCCACGGAGGCCCCGGAACACCCAGAGCCUGCCACGGAGGCUCUGGAACAUUCUGAGCCUGCCACGGAGGUCCUGGAACUCCCUCGGCCUAUCGUAGCAGCCCCAGAACCUCCAGAACCUGCCAGAGAGGCCCUAGAACACCCUGAGCCUGCCGGGGAGGCCAUGGCCCCACCCACUCCUGUCUCUGCUGGAGAGGAAGCAGUGGUGGUCCUGUUGGCACCUGAGCAGAGAACCCAUCCCGGGGCCCGUGUGCGCACUGGCCACAUAGCUGGGCCCUGCUCAGCCCCGAAGGAGGCCCUAGGGGGUGAGAAUUGCCGGGCUGGGGGCCUUGAGCCAGCACCCCAGGGGGCUAGGAGGGCACAUCCUGCGGCUCACCCUGAGGUAGGCCAAAGAGCAAACCAGGGGCUUGGGUUUCCCCUUGCUGUGACCUCAGAGGCUGGGCCGGGCUCCCGUGCUGAGUCCCCACUGAGGUCCGCACCCAGGCCAGGCAGGGGCUGCCCCAAAGAGCCUACCCCACACGCACCAGCACCCUGUCUGCAGCGGGAGCCCGUGCCUGGACCGGGAAGUGGAACGUGGGCGCAGGUGGCACCAGGAGCCCCCAGCUCGUCCCCAGCACAGUCCCUGGAGAGCCCUGCCAGAGGCCCGCCCAGCGUGCCCCAGGACAGGGUCCUCGGCCCCGAGCCCUCUGCUCCCCGUGUCCCCACAGAGGCACUCCUUGCUCCCUGCCCUUGCCAGGGCCCCAGGGAAGACUCAGUGGAGGGCAAGGAACCCUCGGGCUCUCUGGGCCUCCAGCCACCACGGGCAGGAGCCCAGCGGGCAGCAGCUGCCUUCUCAGGAACCACAAAGCCUCCAGGGGCCGGGCAUCGUGUAGGCCUCCCGCCCCACUCCCCCCUCCUCAGCCCCAAAACGGCCCCUGUGGGGGACACCCAUGCCAAAGACCAGGCCUGGAGGCUCUCGCCCCCCCGCCAAGUGCCUCCUGGCCCUCGAGGGCUCCCAGCCGCCGAGCAGCAGGAUGACCAGGACAGCCUGGAGGAAGACUCGCCACCCAGGGCCCCGGGAUCCGGCCAGGGAUCAGCCCAGCACUCCGACAGCCAUGGGGAGUCGUCGGCAGAACCAGAGGAGCAGGAACUGUCGGGAGCGCAGGGCGCACAGUGCCCGGCUCAGGCCCCGGCCAGCGGUGGCAGCGAGGAGACCGUCGCCAAAGCCAAGCAGAGUCGCAGUGAGAAGAAGGCCCGAAAGGCGAUGUCCAAGCUGGGCCUGCGGCAAAUCCAGGGGGUCACCAGGAUCACCAUCCAGAAGUCCAAGAACAUCCUCUUUGUCAUCGCCAAGCCUGACGUCUUCAAGAGCCCGGCCUCGGACACCUACGUUGUCUUCGGGGAAGCCAAGAUCGAGGACCUGUCCCAGCAGGUGCACAGAGCCGCCGCCGAGAAGUUCAAAGUGCCCACGGAGCCUUCCGCCCUGGUUCCCGAGUCCACGCCGGGGCCGCUAGUGAGGCCCGAGUGUGAGGAGGAGGAGGAGGAGGAAGAGGAGGAGGAGGUGGACGAGGCAGGGCUGGAGCUCCGGGACAUCGAGCUGGUGAUGGCGCAGGCCAACGUGUCGAGGGCCAGGGCCGUGCGGGCCCUGAGGGACAACCAGAGUGACAUCGUCAAUGCCAUCAUGGAGCUCACCAUGUAGCCGCCGACCGCCACCCGCCCGCCACGGAUCCAUCCCCACCCCCAGCUGUGCUGCUCAAUAAAUGGGUGUCUCCUCA